AGUCGCAAAAAGUGCCCGUCGCCAGAACGCUGAGAAAACAGCAAACGGUUGAGAUAAAUAAAUAGAUUCGAAAUAGAAAUAGUAACUGAGUGACAAGCAGCAGCUAAGAGUGGGAGCUGCCGCAGAAUCGAGUAUUUCGAAAGGAAGCCAGAGGAAGCCGCCGAGAGCAAAACGAAAGCGCAGCCCCGCAGACGUGCGACCCCUCCAUCAGCCCAUCAAACCAUCGGUCCAUCCAGCCAGCACAGCCCCACAUCCAGAUAGUCCAGGUAGCGAGGAGUAUAGCAGAGAUAGGCGACGAGGCGCAGGAGAAAGGAGCGGGAUCCAAGCACAACCGAAACACAACAAACCCAAAACACACACUCCACAAAGAUGUCAUGGAGAUAUGCGCUUCUCACAGACAGGUACAGCAGCAGCAUCGGUGACAGAUACAGUCCCCACUACUACCAGUCGCCCAGCCGCCUGGAGACCUCCGAACAGACCACUGGCCGCCAGCUGCAGCGAGUCCUGCACUACUCGAUGGCUCCUAGCCGGGCACUUCCGGGACUGCGGCGCGCCGAGUGCGCCAUCCACGACGUAGACUGUGAUGAGGUCUACCCGGGCAUCUACAUUGGCGAUGCUGCGGCGGCCAAAAACAAAACCUAUCUGAGAAUGAUGGGCAUCACCCACGUCCUGAAUGCUGCCGAAGGAUGUCGCUACGGCCAGGUGGACACCGGGCACAGUUACUACCGGGAUAUGCCCAGCAUCAGACGCAGCCAUAAGGAUUGUGUUUUUAGGUACAUGGGCUUCCCCAUGGUCGAUGCCCCGACGACGGACAUCUCCAGGUACUUCUACGUGGCCUCCAAGUUCAUCGACAGCGCCAUCAGCAGCGGCGGCAAGAUCCUGGUCCACUGCCUGGUGGGCAUGUCCCGGUCGGCCACCUGUGUGCUGGCCUACCUGAUGAUCUGCCGGAAGAUGUCGGCGGUGGACGCGAUACGCACGGUGCGGAUGAGGCGCGACAUCCGGCCCAACGACGGAUUCCUGCAGCAACUGGCCGACCUGGAUAUGGAGCUCAAGCGCAAGAACCUGUAUCCCUACUAGUGGCACUUGCGGGGUAGUGGACGGGGGCCUGAGAUACAACCAAAGAUCCUGAGAGGAUCCGGCAACUAAACCAAAUAAGAAUAUUAUUAUGAAAUGAAAUCGUUGUUCUAAACAAAAAUUGAAGCCUACAAAGCUAACGACUUAUAAUGGUAACUUGGUCUUCUGAUAUAUAAACUGUUCAUCCCCAAACUGUAUAAUCGCGGCAUACCCAUAUUGUAGGACUAAUGUACACAUUAUAUAUACAACCAGCCAGAAGGGAAUCAAGUUAUCUCCACUCUCGAAGAAAACACUUGCUCCACAACACACACUUAGAGACCUAGAUUGGUAGAGCCACGACCGAGCAAUACGAGGCGAUCGACCUAUAUACCUUGCCUAUACCUAGAAAUACAGAUUUAUAUAAAUGUAUUCCGGACCCACAUCUAUGCGUAUUUUUUCUAAGGCUCAUCUGUGUUAACGUUCUGUUCCAUCUCCAUCCCCAUCGCCAUCCCCAUCCCCAUCCCCAGAUCCACAGCAGUCCCCAUCCCCGAAAGCAAUCCCGACUCUUCCAUCCCCAACCAAAGUCUACAUGUAGAGGAAGACAGAGCUGAAACUAGAUCAUGAACAUUGUUUGCGGACACAAACGUAACCAGAUGCAUAUAUACUGAUAUAUAACUGUGUAACGGAUAUACAAGCAUGCGUUCUAUACACCUAUACCAUAUAUAUACUAUAUACACCAAGUGUGGACAAUGUAACAAAACCAAAUUCAUAUUUUCUAGAACAUGUACGAUGUUUAAGAGCAGACGAAACAAAUAACUAAACCAAAUCAAAUGAGCAGAACAAGUAACUAAAAACUAAAACUAUUCUUAAGUGAUAAAUAAUAAAAAACAAAACUAAAACAAGA